AUGCAAGCUAAUGAAUGUUUUGUUUGUGGUUGUAACAAUUUUACUGUUACUGAUGGUGCAUUUGUAUGUAACGAAUGCGGAAUACAGUCUCAAAGUAUUAGAGAAGAACACAUAAACUUUCAUGAAGAUGUUAAUCAGAACUAUGAAGAUCCAACACAUGUAGAUCAUGAAAUAACGACUGGAUCUCAACUAGAAAAACCUAAGAAACUUUUAUCUUGGGAAUGUUAUAAUUUUAUACUUUUAGGACUUACCAAUGAGAUGAUUGAACUCGGAGCUAAACCUAGCUUAAAACUUAUAGUGUUACAAUUAUGGGUUCAAUAUUUACAAUGCAUUGAAGUUGCAUUUACAUCAAAGAAAUUUAAGAAACUUCCAAAAUUAAAUACAACAAUAAUUGAUAUGGACUGUGAAAUUUUAUAUGGAGUUGAAAAUGUGAAAAACAAAAUUCUACAUGCAAAAAUUGGUAUGGUGCAAGGAAAUAAAAAAAAUAGAUGUUCCAAUAAAAGAAAAUCAUUGACGUCUAGUAUUAAUUCUAGUAUGACAAGCCUUAAUAAACGAAAUAUGUUUAGCCGAAAAAUAAAAAAAUUAGACCACUCUGCAAGAGAUUCAAAUAACGACUCUGUAGGAUUAUCAGAUGAUAUAAGUUUAUUGCAAAGAAGUAAUAAGUCACGUAAAAUCAAAAUUAAAUUUAAAAAAAAUAUAAAAAAAUCUUUAACUUCGAUGCCAUCAAAGACUAAAGACCUUACUACUGAAGAAUCGUUAAAACUUUUGGAAUCUGGCAGUAAAUAUUGGGCCAGUUUAAAAAAUAAAGAAAAAAAGAAUGUUUUAUCUAUUAAAAAACUACUAUCUAUAUUGCAAUUAGCUCUUAUGAUCAACGAAGAUGAUAUUUACCUAUCUGAUAUACUUAGAUGGAUUCAUGAAGGACAUUUGCAUAUAAAUCGUGUUAACUUAUUUUUACCAGUAAAUUCAAAGCACGGUAUUAAAUUUAAUCAAAUGGUGCCUUGUUCCAGAACUAUAUUAAAUAUGGAAUUCCACAUGUUAUUGAAACAUUUAAAAGCUGAACAACUACCUACUAUUGAUUUUAAAAAAAUACUGACACGUUUUUCUGAUGAACUACAACUUCCAAAUGAUUUUACACAUUUUGUUUGCAAACUUGUGUCAAUAUCUCCUCCAAGCACUAAAUGUAACCGAAUAUUACCAGACAUAGAAGUUAAAUUAAUGGCUUACAUACUUUUUGCUGCAAAAUUUUUAUUUUGUCUUGAUGGUAACUCAGAAAACUUAUCCUCAGACUUUGCUGAAAAAAUUAACCAAUCAGAUAUAGUUGACAAAAAACUGUUCAGCUGGAAUGGUUAUGUGCAAUAUAUAGAAUUUAGAAAUUGUAUCGUAUCUAAAUAUAACUAUUAUCUGCAUGAAAAUUUGUAUGGAAACAAUAUACGCAACACUCAAUUAUUUAUCAACGAUUGGAAUAUGAUGAAGCCAACUUUACCUGUAAUAGAAAGAGACAAAAUAUGUAAAAAUUUUAGGGACAACACUGAAUGUUUACUUAAAUCAUUACCUGAUUUUGGAAGAAAAAAAAGUUAUAGAGAAAUUCCUGCCUCAACUAAACCAUUGUCAUCAACUUUAAAAUGGAUAGUUGAAUAUUAUUCAAUAGAAUUAAGUAAUGAAGCAAAAACAAUACUAGAAAAUAAUUUUACUCAAACUGAUAUCUUAUAUCUAACUGAUGAAAAAAGAAUCAAUGAUUUAGCUGAUGAGUGUGGUGUACCUGUAGAAGUAAACGGCAGAAGUCCGUUACAUUAUGCGAAACAAAGAGGUAGAGAUACUGUAGCAAGACCAUUAUAUAAUUCUCAAACUACAGUGUGUUUAGUAAAUCAAGAAGUAUAUAGAAAUAAACAAAAUGAAACUACAAAUAGUUUAUAUGAAGAGAAACCAAAUACAAUAUUUUUAGGAACUGGCUCAAAUUAUUGGCACAUCCACAUUAAUAAAGACAUUUUAAAAAGAGCAGAAAUUUCCAAAACAAAUAAAGUAUUUGAAAAAAAGUUACCAUACUCUUUUUUAUGGCUCAUGCAUCAGUGUAGUAGAGUUUUAGAUUGUCGUAUGCCUGAGUUAUAUUUGGAACUUAUGGAUUUGGAGAUAAACUUCUCUACAUUUAUUCCACCAUAUGAAACAUCUAAGCAAACAAAAUGUGAAGAAAUGUUUUCCAACAUUACUUUAUAA